GAUUGGACAGAAGCAGAGACGCUCGUGGAUUGGUGGAGUUGCUCGGAGUGGCCCAGGCCGAAAGGCAAAAGUCGGGUUUGGGAGCAGUGAUGGCGCUUGCAGCUUGGCUGGGUUGUGCCCGCCUGCCUUGGUGGAGAGUGCGGCCGCCCGCGCCCUUCGCCACGCGGCGGGGCUAUUCUACGAUGCCUGUGGAUGACACGAUAAACGGACUGAACGAAGAGCAAAAACAGCUUCGACAGACCAUGUUCAAAUUUCUUCAGCAACAUUUAGCUCCAAAGGCCCAUGAAAUUGAUCAGACCAACGAGUUCAAGGACCUUCGGGAAUUCUGGAAGCAACUGGGGAACCUUGGAGUGUUGGGCAUCACAGCCCCUGCUCAAUAUGGUGGCUCAGGCCUGGGCUUUCUGGACCACGUGGUAGUAAUGGAGGAGAUAUCCCGAGCCUCUGCAUCUGUGGGACUCAGUUAUGGAGCCCACUCCAAUCUCUGUGUCAAUCAGCUUGUACGAAAUGGAAAUGAAGCCCAAAAGGAGAAAUACCUCCCCAAGCUCAUCAAUGGGGAACACAUUGGAGCCUUGGCCAUGAGUGAGCACAAUGCUGGUUCUGAUGUUGUGUCCAUGAAGCUGAAAGCUGAAAAGAAAGGGGAUUACUACAUCCUGAAUGGCACAAAGUUUUGGAUCACCAACGGACCAGAUGCUGAUGUCCUCAUUAUCUAUGCCAAGACAGAUAUGUCUGCUGUGCCAGUUUCUCGAGGCAUCACAGCCUUCAUUGUGGAGAAGGGCAUGCCUGGAUUUAGCACGUCCCAGAAACUAGACAAGCUGGGAAUGAGGGGCUCUAACACCUGUGAGCUGAUCUUUGAAAACUGCAAGGUGCCUGUCUCCAAUGUCCUGGGUCACCUGAAUAAGGGUGUGUAUGUACUGAUGAGUGGACUGGAUCUGGAGCGGUUGGUGCUGUCUGGUGGGCCCCUGGGGAUCAUGCAAGCUGUCCUGGAUCACACCAUCCCCUACCUGCACGUGAGGGAAGCCUUUGGGCAAAAGAUCGGCCAUUUUCAACUGAUACAGGGGAAAAUGGCAGACAUGUAUACCCGCCUCACAACCAGUCGGCAAUACGUCUACAAUGUUGCCAAAGCUUAUGAUGAGGGGCAUAAUACUCCCAAGGACUGUGCAGGUGUGAUCCUUUAUGCAGCAGAGUCAGCCACACACGUGGCUCUGGAUGGCAUCCAGUGCCUAGGUGGCAACGGAUACAUUAAUGAUUUCCCUAUGGGACGCUUUCUUCGAGAUGCCAAGCUGUAUGAAAUCGGGGCUGGGACCAGUGAGAUUCGGAGGCUGGUCAUUGGCCGGGCCUUCAACAAGGCCUUCAAGUAACCCCUAAAAGCCUGCAACCCUCCCUAGCAGAGCAGCCAAAGGAUGUUUCUGUGGGAAGCUGGGUCGUUGCCUCUUUCCUGUAACCCAGAGCAGCAAAAGGCCGGUCCUGCUGCUUGUCUGACUCCAGCUGGAGCUCAACACCGGGCAGGACUUACUGGGAUAUGUCCACUGAGGAUGAUGGGUCAGUGGCAGCAGGCAUGCUCAAGAUGACCUUGACUCCGCUUUUGUAGCCAGCCAGCAAAGGAUAGUGUUUUCCUAAGCCUUAAGGCUUUUGCUGGGUUCAGGACACAGACAGAGUCGGCUUAUGCUCUCACUGCUAGAAAAGAGCCUUGGAGUUUCUAGGGCAGACUUCCUUUGUCCUGUUCCCCACUCCCCACCAGUUCCACACUUCUGCACUUCUCUUCUGCUGUAGAAGGGCCUGGCUGCCUGGGAAAGGUCAUCACCAGAGGUGUUCUUGCAGAGGGGCCUUCUCUCCACAGGAGCAGGUUGUCACUUGGGUUCUCCAGCCUCACAUCUCCUCUGUCUGUCUUUGGGGAGCAGCAUGUGAUUGCUCCAACAGUUGCUGAAUUUUUCUUAGUUUUUUCUUUUCCUUUUAAGCUGCAGCUUCUCUGCUCAGUCCAUUUGCACAUGCUCACAAACACAUCCAAGCACUGCACCCUGCCUUUCUCCGUGGUGUCUGUCUACAGUCAGGGAUUAACAUAUUCUCUCCUAUUUAACUGAAAACAUACAAUGAGGUAGUGGUCAGUCACAUAAAUUCUUCCUGGGAAUUGUUAGAGAACACUGGUCGUUGGCCAGCUCUCCCUCUUUAGUUUGUUUUGUUUUUUCCAGCUUGGGUUGAACUUUUGAGGUAGUUGAACCUUUCCCUACCUGCCAUCGUUGUGGGGGAAGAGAAGUAGUAGAGUUAUUUAUUCAGGCUGCUCCUUUUCCUGCUUGCUUCUACCCUCCUCCCUAAAGUGAAAAAUGGCCUUAGUUCCCCUCCCCACUCAGCAGUCUCAGAUCCUAGAAGCUUGCUGCUAAGAACGGAUAAAGCUAGUUUGUUCUAGAUGAGACACUCUCAUUUUAAAUUUUGCCUCAAACAAGUACCCUGCUGCUGUGAUAGGUGUAGAAAGAAGGGCUGCAUAACACCUAGCCAGUUCCUGCAAUCCCUUGAUCCUUUCAGUUACAUGUAACCUUACAAAGAAAGACUUACACUCAUUCCCCCCAAACCAAAUGGCUUGCUGGAGUGUCUGCUUUGAGGAGGCACGUGUCAUUCACAAAGGUACCCAGCAUCCUGACCUAACUUCCUAGGGUCCUUAGAGCUUAGCAAAGAAGAGUCUAGUUCAGGGUCGGCAUGACUUGAAAGGAUGCUAUAUUGGUCUAAGUAGAAGCCCCGUUCUCCCCUCAUCUGUUUUGUAUACAGCCCAGAAUCACGCAUCUAUUAAGAGAACAAAAUGAGGAUGA